AAACAUUGGCCCAGCGCCAGCAGAGAAGCCGUGCCGUGCCCACUCACGGCUCACCGUCCAGCUUUCGCUCCUCCCGCCAUCCACUCGUAAAAGGUUGCCCUGCCCCGCUCGUUCCCGGAGCCUUCAGAUAAACGUCGGCUACUGGAAGGCUAACAUUGACAUAGUAAAACCGCUGACGGCGUAGGUAGCUGCGGCGAGCCUUGCGACGAAGGCGGCUCCGUACGGAAAGAAACAGAAGCAAUAGUCUCCAUGCUCCGAGAGCGUUGGCCUUUUGAGUACCGCUCCUAUGAAGGAGUCUAUUUGGCCCCUCUGAACUUUUUUUAGCAGCUCGUUCUCGUUUUGCUCUAAUGGAACCGGAGAAUGCUCCUCUUUUCAAAACUGUGGUUCAUCGAUCAGAUGCUGGAUUCAUUAUGUCUGGAAUCAAGUAUGACGAGAAGCAGAUUCAACUUAAGAGAAGGUGGUUGUUGGGUGUUGCCGCUUCAAAGUCUGAUCACAAGCGCUUCAAGAAGUCUAAGUUUUUAGAAGAUAGGUUUUUGGAUGAGUCUUUGCUUAGAGAAGACGAUGUAAAUAUCCUCAUUCUCUUCUAUCUACAUAUUCUAUUAAGAAAGCUUAAGGUCAUGGUUGCAUGGAUCAUAUGUUUUAUAUUUUUAUUUUCUAGUAUGGUAUUUUUUUCGUCUCUUCUUGAUUUGAAGGUAUGUUUCUUUAUGACUAUGUCGGUUGGCAUACCCACCAUUAAAAGGAUGAUAUUAUGCCUGGACGAGAUGACUACCAGAGGUCUAUAUCUUCUUGCCAUGACAAUUACUGGUGGUUCAAUCAAGUAUGAGAAAACUCGUUGCAAAUUGAAGAAGAUUGUCAAGAGUUUUCUUUCAAGUGCUCUUAAUAACCAAAACCGUGACUCUUAUCAAGUGGAAAUUUUCAGACAGCUUUUUGAACUUUUCAAUAAUCAACAGCAUUUUCGACAUAAUUGCAAACACUUGUCUGCUUCAAGAUCCCAAUGUAACCAUUCUGCCGUAAAAAAGGUAUUGGAUGGCUUAAAUUGCUUUCCACAUCAAACCCUGAUUGCAAUGCGUGGAAAGCUCAAGGGAGUGAAAGCAACCAUACCUCAGUUACGGACCAGCAGAAAGGAAUGGAGACAGAGAAAAAAGGUGAGUAAAACAGUGAGGAAUAUCAGUAGGAAAAUGCUUUCUCAACUCGGUGAAGGGGAUGAACUGCAAGAGCCCUUAGCCAAAGCUAUGGCAGUGGCUGACUUAUCACUAAAACUUGUAACACGUUGUAAUGACAUUUUUUCAGAGGAAUUUUACCAGUUCUCACCUGAAGUAAAGUCCUUGCAGAAUGAUAUUAUGAAAGCUAUAUGGUUAGUUGAAAAUGAAGUGGGAAUACCAAAGCUGAGAAAAUUGAAGACCCUCUUAGAACCAAAAGCUAAAAUAUCAAGGAAGAUACUACGGUCAGCUUUUACAGAAUUUUUGACUGAAUUUCUUUUUGGGUGUGAUGAUAUGGAGAGAAUACCAAAGAGUCUAUUUAAGAUCUUAGAUUCUAUUAAUGGGAGUUUGGGGGAGAGCCCUCUACAAUUAUUAGAGAAGAAGAAGGAGAAAAUUGAAGAAGAGAUUGAUUACAUAUUAAGUUUCAGUGCUCAGACAAAACAAAUUGUUUUGGAUUUGUUGCCUGACCAUGGGUUUGAUGAAGAUUUUAACGAUGCAUAUGGGGAAGAGAUUAGAAGAAAGUGAAAUUGACUGAUGAUUGUCCAAUAGGGGAGGAUAGACACUUGAUAAAUGGUAACUCUGAUUCAAUGGAUUCAAACUACAACGCAGAAAGCAUUGGGCAGUUUGUACCAUUUGGUUUUCAUCCAACGUCCUCUAUGUCUGAUGAGAAAAAUUGCAAUUCUUCAACUGUUUUGCCUGAGAGAGUGUUAGGUGAAAAUUUUGUUGAAAGACAUAAUUUGUGGGAAUGUAAUGCUGGGAUGGUUCCGGAAACGUAGCAACAAAUUUUGUUUGUGAGGCAGUUGAACCUGAGCCCACCAAUAACGAUAAGAGGGAGAACCAAUACUUAUCAUUCAAGAUGCUUGUGAUGAGACGAGUAUGCAUGCUCAUAAACUUACUGGUCAUUUGUUGUGGGAGUUU